CAGAUUCUGGGCCAACCAACGAUAUUAAUCUGUAAAAAUUCUUGGAGCAAAAAUAAUUGUGAUCUGGUUGUUCUCAUUUCUCCCAAUUGAAGGAAAAUGGCUACCAUCUCUGCUAGCACCCCUACCUCUUCAAUCAUCCGUGCAGCUCUUGCACACAAGCCAUCACCAAGGGUUGCAUCCUCAGUUGCCAUCGGGUUGCCAGCAAUGGCAAAGAAGGGGAAAGUGAUGUGUUCCAUGGAAAAGAAGUCUUCUGCAGAGGAGAAUGGCUCAAACGUGGGCAUGAGUGCAUCAUUGCUGGCAGCAGCCUGUGCAGCCACCAUGUCAAGCCCAGCCAUGGCUCUGGUGGACGAGCGAAUGACCACCGAAGGAAUUGGACUUCCCUUCGGUUUGAGCAACAACCUUCUUGGGUGGAUCCUGUUCGCUGUAUUCGGCUUGAUUUGGGCCCUUUACAUUGUCUACACUUCUUCCCUUGAAGAGGAUGAGGAGUCUGGAUUGUCGCUCUGAGCCCGACCCCUUUUCAUUUCCUAAUGGUGUUGUUCAUUGCAAAUAUUAUGUUGAAAGGAAUGUAGAAAAUCAAAGAUUCUGGCUUUCCUAUAUAUCCUGUAGUAAAACUACCUUCUGCAUGUCCAAUGUUUUUCUCCAUUGUUUCUUCAAGGAUGCUUGAUUUGGUUACCAUGAA